CCGUCGGAUUGGAUAACAAGAGGGAGCGGCUGAGAGUGCAAUUGUCGAUGACAUUAGUGGCACGCGCUGCCGUCGACCGUCCGCAGUGGAUGCAAUCCCCGUCUCCAUUGUCGGGAGGUUGCGUUGGGGGGCGAUGUGCGUCUGAAUGCGGACCGACGGACAAAGACGUCACAUGCGAGGGUGCCGAAGCAGAUGGGAGGCGUGUGUGGAAGGAACAAAAGCAGGAGAUGCGUCGAUGGCAAGAGGAGUCGAUAACCGAGGGGGUGCGGCGAUUGCGCGUGGGGGAGCAGGACGAGGAGGCAGACGGGGCAGUCGGGGGAGGCGACGACUACAACGACGAUAAACAAGGUGAGUGCGAAGCACAGGACGACGAGUCGGGGGAUGUGUUUCCGUUGCGGACGGCGAGCAUGGGCCGUCGGACCGGUAAGAGCAUGGCUUCGGUGUCGACAGCCAGGCGUGGAAAGAAGGCGGUGGGUGGUGGUGGCGAGGCCGAAGGCGACGGGGAGGGGGAGGGUGGCCGGAACUUCUGGUCAGUGGAGCACAUGGUCGGCGUGGACAGGCCGACAUACAAAUGCGGGAAGAAGUGGGAUAAUUUGAUGCAGCAGUUCAAGAAGGUGCAUUGCUUCCAGGUCAAGUCUUGGAAGGAGGACUUCUUCCAGCUGUCGACGAAGGAGAGGCUGGCGAGGGGGUUCAAUUUCAACAUGGAUCGGGCCGUCUAUGAAGAGAUCAAGGGAUCGACCGCAAGGAGUCAUACAAUACACCCGCAGAAUGUCGCAAACACCGGACGAGCAAGAGGUGUGCAACUUCCAUCCGGGUCUUCUGGUGGUCCUGAAUCUGUCGGCGAUGGGGAUGCAGGUGGCGAUGGCAACGACGAAGAUGAUAGCUCGACGAAGGGUUGUUCUCAGACCACGGGCAGCCCUAGCGGUGCCCGGAAAAGGAAGAACAUGAGGCAACGGACAUUCGAAGCCCUCACCGAGUGUAUGGAGAAGCACGGGACGCUAAUGGCAUCGACCAUGGAGAGCGCUAGCAAGAGGCAGUGCUCCAUCCAAAUUCGGCAAUGCGAAGUUAUGGAAGCGGAGCUGGAGGUGCAAAAGAAACACUACGUGGCAUCGGAUGAAGUGAGCAAGAUGAUGUGCCAUGCGCUGAUGGAGAUAGUGAAGGCCAUACGAGAUCGGUAGACGCCGCGGUCAGGAAGAGAGUCAAGAGACUGCCCAGGCGAAGGCGUCGACGUUUGUCCCCUUUUCCAGGCGGCGUGCCAGGAAUUC